AUGGCUAAUAUGGAGAAAUUCGUGGAAGCGCAGAAGAAUUUAGCCGAAAGUAUGGUGAAAAUAAAAAAUAAGUUGAGUGAAGAACGGCUGACCAGAGCAGGGUUCGAUCAAUUGGAGAGAAAUUAUCAUGAUUCAGUCAAGAAAUUGAAGAGUAAUCAUGAAGUGAUGAUGACAAUAGAGCCCAAGAGCGAUGAUUACUUCGUAAAGGAUUUUUACGGAUUAAUGAUGAAUGGGCUGGUGAAGGAGGUUGAGGAGAUGAUAAGGAGUCGGGAGGUAACGGUUCAGGAGAAAAGCAACAAUGGCAGUGGCGCAGAAGGAAGUAAUCUGGGACUGCAGUUGGAGAGGAAAGAAGAGUUUGGGAGCAGGGAGGAAGCAGCAGUUGGAAAAGCGGCAAUGCUACAGGAGAAGCCGUCAAUAAGGAAAUAUUUUUUCCAAAAAAUCGAAAGAAUAGAGAAGAGAUUGGAAAGUGGUGAAGUCGAUGAGAGAGAUAUCGAAGAUAGUUUGCGGCAGUUGAAUGGAUUUUAUGACAAGUUGCUGGCAACGAAUGAAAUAGACGAGGAAGUCUUUGAACAAUACGAGGAGAUGACGGAAAGACUUAGUAUUCGACGGAAAGUCGUUGGAGAGCAAAAAAUGGAGAAAGCAGAGGGAAAAGAAAUCCGCAGCAACAUCAGGUUAAGCGAAGUGAGGAUACCCGAGUUCAGCGGCAAAAUUGAGGACUGGGAGUCAUUCCAUGACUUAUUUAAAAAUUUGGUGCAUAAUUCGCCUCAUUUUUCCGAAGUAGAGAAAUUAUACAGGCUGAAGGCAGCCAUUAAAGGAGACGCAGCUCAACUAAUUCAGCAUUUAAAAAUAACCGACUCCAAUUAUGAAGCUGCCUUUGAAUUAUUGAAGAAAAGGUACGAGAAUAGGAGAUUGAUGUUCACGAAUUUGUGUGAUAAGAUUCUGGACCAACCAGUAAUGAAUAGCGAUUCAGCGGCAAGUAUAAGACGCAUGCUUGACACUACCAAAAACUGUGUAAUGGCGUUGAGGGGCAUGAAUGUGUCUACAAAGGAUGCUGAACCAUUUAUUGCCAGAAUAAUUGUGAGAAAGUUUGAUAAGGAUGGGUUGCGGCUAUAUGAGCAACAAGUAAGGAAGCCGAGAGAAAUUCAAACUUUGGAUGAUGUCUUAGAAUUUUUGCAACAACAAUACCUUGCGUUGGAAGCGGCGGGAGAGCAGGAAGUGAACGUGAAGAGAAUUUAUGGAAACAAAAAUAAUAUGUCAACCAAAUUUUGCUACUUUUGUGAGAAAAGUGGGCACGGGACAGACAGAAAAUGCAAUAGUGUUGUGCGCUGCAACAAAUGUGGAGGUAAUCACCAUCAUUAUCUUCACAAUGGUGACCAAAGAAGCGUUAAUCAGCAAGUUAAUCCCACAUCAUCUAUGGUAAUUGAGAGAAAACAACAACAAGUUUUAUUGGCAACAGCAUUGGUAAAAGUACGGGCAGCGACGGGAGAAUUUGAGUUGCUACGGGCAAUGAUAGAUCAAGGGUCACAGAUAACAUCAAUUUCGGAAGAAGCUUCGCAGAUUUUGGGAUUGCCAAGGAUAAAAGAAAAAACGGAAAUACGCGGCUUGGGUGGUACUUUGGCGAUGGUACUACCUACGAUAAUGAGCCAGCAGCCAGGUAAAUCCUUCGACAUAGAUAUGAAGCAAUGGCGAAACUGUAUGUUGGCUGAUCCAUUCUUCAAUAAAUCCGAUCGCAUUGAUCUAAUAAUCGGUGGAGACAUUUACGCCGACAUAAUGGAAAAAGGGCAGAAGAGAGUAAGCGGUCCGUUCUCACAACAAACGAAACUUGGUUGGAUAGUAUCUGGAGCUCUAUCCAAUGGAAUAAGCAAAGUGGAAAAAGUGCAGGUGGCUGCGACGAACCUUGAACGUUUUUGGGAAGUAGAGGAAGUGGAAGCAGAAGAUCAGUGUACAAAUGAUGACCAGUGGUGCAUGCAGAAUUUUGAAAAAUCGACCGUUAUUCGAGAUGAUGGUCGAUUGAUGGUGUCAUUACCUUUUAAGGCUGAUAUGGAACUAGGCGAAUCCAAACCGCAAGCAAUGGCCAGGUUUUUGAAUGGUGAAAAGAAGUUGGAGAAAUAUCCAUCACUAAAAGCUGAAUAUAUAACCUUCAUGCGAGAGUAUCGGGAACUGGGUCAUAUGGUGCAAGUACCGAUGGAGAUGAAAGGAAAAUAUUACUUACCGCAUCAAGCAGUGAUCAGAGAAGAUAGCCGAACAACGAAAGUGCGAGUGGUGUUUGAUGCAUCAGCGAAAACAUCGAAUCAAAGAAGUUUGAAUGACAUAAUGCACACUGGACCUAAACUUCAACGCGAUAUAUUUGAUAUAAUGUUGAAAUGGCGUUUAUGGAAGUACGUAUUGACAGGAGACGUGGAAAAGAUGUAUCGGCAGAUUGUAGUGAGGCCAGAAGAUCAAGAAUAUCAAUACAUACUUUGGAGAGAGAACAGAGCGGAACCAAUAAAGCAAUAUCGUUUAACAACAGUAACAUAUGGCACAUCAGCGGCGCCGUUUCUGGCAGUAAGGUCACUAUUCAUGAUAGGUGAUUACUGCAAAGAGGAGAUGGUGAAAAAUAUUAUAAAAGAAGAUUUUUAUAUGGAUGACCUCAUGACUGGAGCUGAUACUGUAAAGAGAAGUCAACAUAUUCUGCAAUCAGUGGCACAGCAGCUGCAGAAGUUUAAUUUUCAUUUGAGAAAAUGGAUUUCAAAUGACCCUAAAAUUACGGAAAUUGUAGAAAAUCGAGGACGCAAUGAAGUUAUAUCGAUUAAAGACGACGAGUCCAUAAAAACCUUGGGUGUUGGGUGGGAUCCCAAUAUGGACCACUUUCGAUUCAACGUCAGCUUUAGUAAUCCUUCACAAAUGACAAAGAGAAAAGUACUGUCAUUGGUAGCUAGAAUUUUCGACCCAUUGGGAUGGUUAUCACCAAUAACGGUGGUAGCAAAAUUGAUCGUUCAGAAGCUGUGGCUGUUAAAUAUAGAUUGGGAUGAGACGAUACCCGAGGAAAUUUUGACGCAAUGGCUAGAAUUCGCAAAUCAUUUGGAUUCUCUUCAUAAAAUAAAAAUCCCUAGAUGGCUGGGUACAUCGACAACUACAAAGUUCGAGCAUCAUGGCUUUUCAGACGCGUCCGAGAAAGCAUAUUCCGCAGUAAUAUUCAUUAAAUGUGAAAUGAGGGUGACUUUACUAACUGCCAAAAGUAAGGUCAACCCAAUCAAAAAUAAAAAGACGCUGCCAAAAUUGGAGCUGUGUGGUGCACAUCUGUUGGCGAGAUUGUUGAAUAGGGCAGAGAAAAUCAUAGGAAGAGAGACGAACGUGUUUGCAUGGACUGAUUCAACAAUCACACUGGGGUGGAUCCAAAAUAAUCGUAGCAAGGACAAAUUCAUUAAGAAUAAGGUGCAGGAUACAAAUGUGCUUGUACCAACAGCAACAUGGAGAUAUGUUGGCACAAAGGAAAAUCCAGCAGAUAUUGCAUCAAGAGGUAUUCAACCACAUCGGCUAAUGGACUAUAAGCUAUGGUGGAAUGGUCCUGAAUGGUUGCGGGAGCCUUCAAGUCAUUGGCCUGAACAACCACAGAGGACUGCAGUGAUAGCAUCGACGAUGGUAACAACAGAAGUAAAUUUUUUGGAUGAUAUAAUGACGAGAUACUCCAGGUUUUCUAAAAUGCGGCGUGUAGUGGCAUACGUCAUUCGAUUUAUUGAGAGGACGAGGAAUAAAAUCAAAAUUUCUGGUGGUUUAGCUGUCCAUGAACUUAUAGAAGCUGAAGAACAUAUACUAUCACGUCAUCAGCAAGUUAUGUUUUCUAAAGAAAUUAUAUCUUUAAAAAGAGGAUCUUUAAUUGAUCGAGGCAGCCGUAUAGUGGGACUACAUCCUUUCUUAGACAGAAGAGGCAUACUUCGAGUUGGUGGUCGACUGCAAAAUGCAAAUAUGUCCUUCAAUCAAAAACAUCCAAUUGUAUUGAAUAAAUCGAAUCUGACAGCCGCAAUAGUGCGAUCGUUUCAUCUGGCAACUUUACAUGGAGGAAACAGAUUGACUGAAACAUCCACAAAACGCAAAUAUUGGAUUAUUGGCUUGAAAGCAGCGAUAAAAAAGUGUAUACGAUCGUGUCCAAGAUGUAUACGGUACAAACAAGAGACAGCGAAGCAGAUAAUGGGUAACUUGCCAGAUUCGAGGGUUACAGCGAUGCAACCUUUCUUAUAUACAGGAGUGGACUACGCUGGACCUAUAUGGAUGAAGUGCUCCAGAAACAGAGGACAAAAGUGUUUUAAAGGAUACAUUGCUAUAUUUGUCUGCAUGUCAACAAAAGCAAUUCAUCUGGAAGCUGUGAGCGAUUUGUCCACAUCAGCAUUUUUGGCAGCCUUGAAACGGUUCUUUUCCAGAAGAGGAAAGAGUGCUAAAAUGUACAGCGACAAUGGGACAAAUUUUGUUGGAGCGAAAAAUAGACUUGAUGCGGACUACAAAGCUGUUAUUCAAAGAAAUCGAGACGUGAUGCCAGUGCUGGCGGAGGAAGGUGUGGAGUGGCAUUUUAUCCCCCCGGCAGCCCCUCAUCAAGGAGGGAUUUGGGAGUCUGGCGUGAAAUCUGUGAAGCAUCAUCUGAGACGUGUUAUUGGCGAGACCAGAUUAAGUUACGAGGAAAUGGCCACAUUGCUGUGCCAAAUCGAAGCGGUUUUAAACUCAAGGCCAUUGGUGUAUAUGGAUAAUGAAGAAGUGGAAUCUCUUGAUUUUUUGUCACCGAGUCAUUUUCUGAUUGGGAGGCAGACGACGGAUGUACCGGAGUAUGUCAACGAAGUGGUAGGAUCUCUCAACAAGUGGAAGCUGAUACAGAAGAUGAGAAGAGAUUUCUGGAAUCGAUGGAAAGAGGAAUAUCUUUCAACGUUGCAGCAGCGAAGAAGGUGGAACCGGCCAGAGGUGAAUUUGGCGAAUGGAGAUGUAGUCAUCAUUAAAAACGAAUUGACACAUCCAGCGAAAUGGCCUAUGGGACGAAUCAUUGAGACUCAUCCGGGCAAGGAUGGGAGAGUUCGAGUUGUGUCAUUGAAGUUGCAAGAUUGCAUAUUAAAACGCCCUGUCCAGAAACUCUGUCCAUUAAUAAGAGCUUCGGAUGAAGAGGUGGAAGAAGUGUCGCCACAAACAACAAAAGCAGGAUUGAGGAAUACGCAGUCGGCAAACAAGCAUGUUUUUAGUGUAUUAGUAAUGCUGCUACUUGCUGCCACAAGUCAGAUUGGAGCAGUGGCUACAACUGGAGGUUCAAUCUCUGAGAUAAGCAAUUCUACUGCAAUUUACCUGGAUCACUUGGGAACUGUGGAUGUAGUAGCGUCUUCAUGGAAUCUGCUAAUCUAUUUCAAGCUUGAUCCGUUCUUUGAGGUAAUUAGCAAAUCCGAACGAUUGCUGGUGGAUAUGAGAAAUACAUGUGGAAAAUUGAUGACCUUUGAAGACCACUGUGGUCAUGUACUGGACGAGAUGGAGCAGAUAGUGAAGGAGAUGAUAUACACUAAUCGAUAUUUGUUUCAUGAUGAUGUGGCUAGAUCCAAGAGAGCACCCUUAGAGUUUAUUGGCUCGCUACAGCACAUCCUCUUUGGUACGAUGGAUGCUGAUGACAGGAAAGUUGUAGAAGAAAACAUGAGGAAACUAUUGGGAAAUCAGCAUGACCUGAAAUACCUUGUGCAAAAACAGACGUCUAUUCUGGAAUCGUCAGUGAAUGUCAUUCGCAAAACGACGGAAGAAGUAAACAGCAACUUCAAAAGUAUAACAGAACGGGUGAACAACAUGACGGAAGCGAUGAAGGAGGUAUAUUUGGUGUACCGCGAGUCCAUCAAAUUUUUCAUGGUGACGAAAGAAUUGCACAUAAUCAUAAGUGAGAACCAGAGGGUCCAAGCGAAGAUAAUCGAAUUGCUGAUAGAUAUAAAUCAUGGUAAAUUAAAUCCCUCAUUGCUCACGCCAAUUCAGCUCCAGAAUUAA